AUGUCGGAACCACUACUAGUCCCGAUCCAGCUAGACGCCUUUGUGCUCAACCCAGCAGUCUGCGGCGACCCAAACAAACCCGAAAGUCGGAUCUGUCCUAUCACCCAACCCAACUACACCUUCCUUCGAUACGAGGAUUUUGUCGCCGAAAGUGACGUCCAGCCACACGCUGACCUCCACAAUGCCGCCCCAGCCGACCACAACUCCCGCAUGACGGACCUGGGCACUGGUCAGUAUCGCCGUAAUCGACAUGGAGUUUAUAUCCACUGGAGUCUUCCACGGGCGUACCGGGCGGGUGUCUCCCUGACAGAUUCGGUAGGGGAUAAAUCGCGUCGCGACCAGGAGCGCCAGCGUCAUGGUCUGGGGAGGGAAACGGAUGAUGCGAGGCCGUCUGCUGCGGCGGAAUAUAUCGAUCCUCCGACGAGGUGGUUGGUGGUGAGAAAACUUGAUCUGGAUACGAUUCAACCGGUCGAAGCAAAGGAGAACUUUGAGGAAUACACCGCGUGGGUGAUUGAAGGAGACUACUUGUGGAAGUUGGAUGAUAUACCCGCGCACUACGAUCUCCAGGUCGAUGUAUCUCCUUUUCUGGCCGGCGAUCCUGACAAAGAGGUGGAUGUUAGGGCGCAGGCCGAGGUGUUUAUCGGUCGCAAAACCCCACUGAAGAAAUGGUUGGAUGAUGCCCCUAAAAAUCCGCCUCGGAUCCCAUUACUGGGCAGUGGAAACCAGCUCUUUGCGGACUUCCAACAGCACAAUUCGAAUGUGUUUAGUAUGGUGGAUAAUUUUUCAUAUGGGGAUGAGACAAGCCCACAAUACCUGGACGUCGCUGAGGCCAGUUACUAUGUGAUUGGGUGGCACAGGAAUGAUGAAGCAGAUCCUCUGUGGAUGGAAAACGAUCCUCCGCCCCGUGCUGAGAGACUCAACUCCCUUUUUAUGUCACUUCAGGGGAACGAGAAGGCUUGGCUUGAUGCUACAGGUCCAGCUCGUUUACUGUGUCAUGGCGCUAUGUAUAGUGUUCAAUGGGACUGGAACAAGAAACCAAAGACGCCUGCUGAUGAAUUUGCCCGUCGUCUUCAAGACCAGAACAACCCUGCUGUAUCGGUCGGAACAACUGCGUUGGAUUCAUUGAUGACAUACUGCAAGGCAAGAAGAGGGGAUGGAGGUGAUUUUGAUACAGCCACUAAGUUGGAGAAAUUGAUUCUUGCCGUUCAGGUUCUUCUCCAUACCAAUGAUGAUGGAGUCGAAGGCCAGCGUGAAGCGAUAGAUACCCUGUAUAAUUGGAAUUUUACUCGUUCCCCUGGUGGAAUUCGGUACUUCCUGGCCACGAGUGAUGAUGCACAGGCCAAACCGCUUCAGAUAGACGACACGAGCCAAACGAACCUGAAGACCUUGAACCAACACCAGAUAUUGAAGGAAUCCUGCCUUCGCGUGGUAGACCAGCUGCGAUGGGAUAUGUUUGCUUUGUGGUGGAAAUAUAUCACUGAUCCAAGCAAUACAAAUGGCAGCAAGCAGCAGCAAUUCAAGAGUGAUAUUUUGGAGAUCCGCGAUCGAAUCGUGAAUAUUGGAGGGAAGAUUAAAUUGUUGGAACGGGAGAUUAAGGGGCUCAAGAGCACGGAAAACGUACGAUCAGGCACUCAUCAACCCUACCAUCAGGCUCGAGAUCCAACCCUCUUACUUGGAGGUAUUGACCAGGGAUGGCCGUCAGACUACUUGUCUCCACUGAGUGUUCGUCUCAAAAUGCAAACCAUCUCUUCGACAGAGGAUGAACCGAUACCUGAUGGACUUGAGAGUGUCUUUAACCAGAUAAAAGCAAGGCUUGCCUCAUCCAUGUCACAGCACAUGUUGGAAGCUGCGAGGAAUCUGUUUCGGGAGUUCUAUUUCCUGAUUCCCCCGAGUGAGCGACAACCAUCUCCUGGGAAAUAUUAUCCACAAUUUCACGACAAAGUGGAUGAAUGUUGGAGAGAUCAAUGGAACCAAAGGCAACCAUGGCGGCCACUUUACAUGGAAUGGGAAGCAGAGUACAUCCACAUCCCCUUUGAACAUUGGUCGUUGGGUGAACAGGCCGCUCGCCUAUCAGAGAAUAAUCAAAUCCGCUAUGGAGUAAAGAUAGACAGCGGCGCUCCUCUGUGGGAAGAGCUUACAAAGCCCUCGGAGGGCGGAAAGCCUUCGACUCUUGACAGGCGUUUGAUCUCCGGCCGCGGGCUGAUUCUUCCUCAGCCAAGUUUUUCUCUUGAUGCGCGGGUCCGCCAGUUAUUCUCAACCAUUCCUGAACAGGAACUCGACGACCACAUCACCGAAGAAGAGAGAAAGUACUUGCUUGAGCACAUUCCUCGAAUGCCAUAUCUAUCUGGGCCACUCUCUGGGCUGACUGAUGGCCUCUUAACUCUGGCACACGGUACGCAUAUUAAGCCUCUGGCCAGGACGAUCGGCCCAGAGGGUGAACGGAUGACUGCAAUUAAGUCAGCUUGCGUCCUCCAGGCCGGAUUCGAUGACAAAGCGUUGGAAAUGAUCCAGGGGCAUUCUGCUCUUACCCCGCUAGCUGCCACCGUAGCCUGGCCUGAUCAGACCCAUUGUCCUUUCAAACCAGUAACCCAUGGACAGGUCAGAUUCCGAAAACUCAACAUUAUCGACAAAUUUGGCCAGACAUUGGUGGCCAUCGAUCCUGAGCCACGGACUACCGGGCCUCCACCUUUGUACCCGUGCAUCAGCGACUUUUACGAGCCUCAAAAGGCCAACGAUCAAGAUGCCAAUACGGUUCUCCAAGAGCCUGAUGGCAACUGUCAAUUCUUCCAGAUUCCUCCGCAAAUUGGUCAGAACUCGAGACUUAAUGCAUGCUUUGUUACCCGCAAUGAACCAGACACCUCAACAAAUGAGAAGAAGGCUUAUUGGCGUCCCACAACGGAGUGGGAAAACCCAAUUUGGGGCUGGGUAGUCACCAACUAUGCCGAUGAAGGCAUCCAAUUCUUCCUUCCGGAUGGAACAUUCUACAGUGAGGUCAGGGUGGGUGGACAUCUGGAGACAGUUAAAACACCCAAAUGGAUGCCAUUUAAGCCUGAUCCCUCUGCGGAAGUACACAACGAUCCUAAUCGCAAAAAGUUCGAUGCGCUCAUUGAAAAGCUCAGUGAUAUUGACUAUCUGAGAGCAUUUUGGUAUAUGGUCGUCAACGCACUGGACAGCUUGCCACCAACACCGAACUCCUACGCCCAGUAUCUGACAGCGAUUGUUGGAAAGCCACUCGCGCUCGUUAAUAUGGGAUGGUCCCUUGAACUAGACCGUCCUCCACUACAGAACCAAGCGACCAACACCAUGAUGAAAGAACCGAGCCCGUCAUUAUCCAACCGUCCUGAUAAGCAGUAUUACGAGCUACAAGUCAAACUGGGCGACAAGGAGCGCGAGUACGAUGGCAUGGUGGGAUAUUUCAACUUGACCAAGACAGAAGAUGCUUCUGAAGGCGAAGAGCUCAACCUGGAUAUCAUUCAGACUUACUUUGCCACCCCCGAUAACAAAUUCCCGUCGUUGAAGGCUAUUACAUCCGAAACCCAUCCAAAGUUCCGUCCAUUCUGGGAAUCGCCCUGGAAGACAGACCCUCCAUCUGGCUCGGACUUCUGCAACCCAGCCGACUAUGACAAUCGCCGAAACAGUCACCUGAAGGUCUUUGGUGCCCUAGUGGACCCCUUCACGCCUAUCCAUGCGUAUUCUUCCUUCUUACCCGCUCAAUCCUUACAGCUGGCACCAUGGACAUGGCAGGAAGCCAUGAGCAAAGUCACAGCCUUCUUCCAUGCCGGGCCCAUCACGCUAACUGCCGACGUGAAAGAGUAUGACCCCACUCGAGCCCUGACACAGGAAAACAUGAACGAGGAUCCUCCUCACCAAGUAGGCCUGCCUGGAUUAGGAGGGGGUAAGUGGUCUUGGCUGCAGCCGUAUGUUGAUCCAAGCGAUGGGUUGUCUACGGAGAACCAAGAUACCGAUUCCGGAGACUCCGAUGCAGGUGCCGAUUUGCAUUCGCAGUCAUCAUCAGACUCGGCCGGAAUGACGCCACCGAUCUUUAAUUCCUAUGGGAUUGGGCAGACGGAGAAGCGUCUGGCGAAGCCGGGUUUUGAAAGCGGGCCAUACACGGCUAUUGAGGGGUUUUUGCAUCUGCGCAGACCCAUAAUGAUGGAUCAACCGGAGCAGGAGGGAGAGCAAGGAGAGCCACAGGUAGAAGAGAUAGGGAUUCAAGAACCAAGUGAAGGUCAUGAAUGA